CCAAUGAAUCCUCUCCGCUCCUUUCCAUUCAACUUUGUUUCCCCCUUGUUUGUCUUGUGCAUUGAGUACCAUAUUAAAGUCACCUCCUAGGAGUAAGGGGAUGUCUUCUAACUUUGAAAUCUGUGUAGGGUUUUAGUCUGUCGUAGCUACUUUGCAACUCAGUUUUCCUACGGAGAAAAUGGUGGUACUGGUGCGAGCAGCCCUGUCAUUGAGAACUUGUUGAUCAUCCUCUCUCAAUGAAUCCUCUCCGCUCCUUUCCAUUCAACUUUGUUUCCCCCUUGUUUUUCUUGUGCAUUGAGUAUCAUAUUAAAGUCACCUCCUGGGAGCCAGGGGAUGUCUUCUAACUUUGAAAUCUGUGUAGGGUUUUAGUCUGUCGUAGCUACUUUGCAACUCAGUUUUCCUACGGAGAAAAUGGUGGUACUGGUGCGAGCAGCCCUGUCCUUGAGAGCAAGUCUCAGUCUCUGUUCUUCUAACAGGGUUUCGCUGUUAGCAAACAAAGGUGUAAGCCUCAGGGGCUUAAGGAUUUCUUCACAUCCAUCUGUAGGGUUUCGCAAUGGACGCUUUCUUGGAGGGAUAACAAUACCGCAACCUGUCAUUCUACCGACACUGAGACGCUAUGCAACAAUACCCACUACAUCGUCUGUGAAGACCUUUCUACUCGAUGGCUGCGAUUACGAGCACUGGCUCAUUGUCAUGGGAGCCCCCGAGGGUAACCCCACCAGAGAUGAGAUUAUUGAUAGCUACAUCAAGACGCUUGCACAGGUCGUGGGAAGCGAGGAGGAAGCUAGGAUGAAAAUGUACUCGGUUUCAACAAAGCAUUAUUUUGCUUUUGGCUGCCUGGUUUCAGAGGAACUGUCCUACAAGAUUAAGCCUCUUCCUAAUGUUCUCGGGGUGUGGCCUGAUGCGUACUCGGAUCCACGUACCAAGUCGUAUGGAGGGGAGCCCUUCAUUAACGGACAAGCAGUACCCUAUGAUCCUAAGUACCAUGAGGAGUGGGUGAGGGACAAUGCACGUUGCAAUAAGAGACGAUCUGAUGACAGACCAAGAAACUUUGAUUGGUCAAGGGACUUUGAGAGACGAAGGGAAAUGAGGAAUAAUGCUUACCAAUGGCGACCCUGGAAGUAUAACCGAGGUUAUUAAGAUAUAGAAGUUCUCAUACCAUGAACCGAGACAAACAACUUAUAAACAAUCUAUUCAUGUUAAUCUAUGUAGGUGUCAUGGAAAUUUAUGCUAUUUCUUUAGGAAUUUUGGCACACUUAGCUUAUAAUGCAACAAAUUUGUUCUAUGUAUUGGCAACAUAUUCCACUAGGAAUUAUCUAUAGGAAAAUAACAAAUCUAAAUUACAUGUAAAUUCUCUGGACUGUAUAACUCACAAACUGUUAAUGGUUUCUUGUCUAAUUCAUAUGCUUUGUUGUCAGUA